AUGGAGCGGAUCCAUGUGUUUCUGGCACUUUUCGCCUUUGUUUGUUACCUAGAAAGCACGGGCAGUUCGUAUAUGAUCUCGGCCGUUCAGAACAUCGAGCGACAGUUUCAGAUCCCCUCAAAGUUAUCUGGGUUUCUAAUCAGUGCACGUUCGUUUGUUUACAUUACCUUUAUUUUUAUGAAUUUCAUAAAAAAUGAAAGAAAAAGCAGCUGAAAACAGUUCUACAAACUUUUUGACCGAACUACAUAAGCUUGUUUUUAAAAAUAAGCUUUUCAAACGUUGUAUUUUGUAGUUGAAACAAGGUCAAUUAGGUAGUAGUUUCGUAUAGUUCGGUAACAGACUUUGUAAUUGGUUCUAAAGGUAUAGUUCAAGCUUUUUGAGCUAAGAAGCUUUAAAACGAUUGCUGUAAAAAUUCGCUCAUUAUAAAUUAAACAUCCUAAAAAGUAGAUUAUGGCUAUAAUUACCUAAAAACUAACCUUACUUUUCAGAUGACAUCAGCUACAUCCCCACCGUGAUCUUCAUAGCCUACUUUGGCUCUCGUGGUAACCGUGCCAAGUGGAUUGGGGCGGGUACUGUAGUGAUAGCAAUAAGUUACAUCUUCAUAGCAUCCCCCAACUUCAUAUUCCCGGUACCCCGCCCUUCUCUGAAUACCUCUACAAUAGAAGCCCAACUGAAGGCUGACGGUGUGCUACUGAGCAAGAAAGCCGAGAUACGACAGUUCUUCGAGUAUGCACCGUUGAGAGAUCGUAUUCCUGGAAGAUAUCGACAGAGAAUCAUUGAUUUUCUGGAUGGCAGUGGGAACGAGGAGACUAGUAUAAGUUACAGUAACCACACAAAAUCUAUUUAUUCGUUCGAUGAGCCGCUGAUAUCAGAGGUACGUUUAUUUUGGUGGAUAUAACCUUUUUUCUGAAAAAUUUACAAAAUUUUGUUUAUUCGGCAUUUCAAGUUUCCUUUUCUGCUCAAGUACUUGAGUCAAGUUUCGCUCUCAUUUCAGAUUCUGGCCCACAUGGACGGUCUUCUGAAGAAGAAGGAGACAGAAGCCGAUCUGAUCAAGUCUCUUCAGAAGUUUAUUCAGAAUCGCAAGAAACUAAAAGAUGAAGACUUGGGAACGUUGCGACGUGCAGCCAUAGCACCGUUCUCCUUCUGUCACAAGAUGGUGAAUGACUUCAGACACGUACUGAAAGAAGUCAGAUGCUCGGCGCCAGUUUCCAAUGUAGGACCUCUUACCGUAAUGUUCUUGGCGUUAUUGGCUAUGGGAGUUGGUAGAACUAUGCCCUGGUCACUUGGUAUACCCCUUAUUGAUGACAAUGUCAAGAACAAGAGCACCCCGCUUAUGUUUGGUAAGAGUAUCUUACUUUUGUUUAUUUCUUUAACACAGUUAGUCAGGUACGUAUUGGUAAUAUGAAGAAACGUUUACAUUUUAGUCAUACUGUAACAUUAAUUACUGUAAUUUCAGCGUUUAUGUCAUUUGUGAAGAUUCUGGGGCCGAUUUGUGGAUUCAUGAUUGGAAGUUUGGUCAAUCGAGUCUACUUUACCUUCCCCGCCGCACCUCCAGCUGGUCUCACUCGAGCUGAUCCAACCUGGAUUGGGGCUUGGUGGUUGGGCUUUUUGGUAAUAGGAAUUGUACUUGUACUACCUUCUCUGAUGUUAUACUUCUUCCCAGAGUCCUCCGGAAAGUAAGUGUAACUUUUUACAUUAUGUAUGAUUGUAAUAGUAGAGCACUAAAUUUAAAAUAUUGUUUUAGAAACAAAGUGUACAAAGAGGGCACAAAGUCAGAGAAACUGAAGUUGUCCUUCUUCGAUCGUCACGCCAAAGACGAACAACUGAACAUUAAGAGUAAGUCAUACCUAAAUUUGCCCUCAUUAUGUAUUUAGAAAUGGUCGAAUCCUACAAAGUUGUCCUCAAGUGCAAGGUAUAUACAGGGACAGUGGCAGGUAGAGUGAUGGACAUAUUGGCCAUCAAAGGGUAUAUGGUAUUUUUGCCAAAGUACCUUGAGAAUCACUUUGGCAUCCCUCAGUAUCAAGUUCACAUGUAUAUGGGUGAGUAGCAAUUAACCGUCUUAACCGUAUUUUUCAAUUACAGUAGUCUUUUAGGGUUCUUUGAUAUUAGUGGGUUUUACUGGGAGUUGAAAUUGCCUAACUGAUUAUAUUAUAGCCAUGUUCGGAGUACUGGGCUUUGCCUGCGGCACCUUCUGUGGUGGUAUCAUAAUGAAGAAGUUAAAGCUGAACGGUCGAUCCGCCGCCUUCUACAUCUUGGUAUGCUCGGUGUUCAGUACGAGUAUGUUCUUGACCAAAAGCUUCAUCGGAUGUCACUCUGUAGUCAACUCGAUUGGGCAGAGCGGAGUGUAAGUCAUAAUUUUUGAAGUUUCAAUAGUUUUUUAAAGAUAUGUUCAAACCAAUUGAUUGAUUUUUUUAUACUUCUUGACUUUGCCACUGUUAUAUUUUAUUGCCCAAAGCAGUGAUUUUGGAAUAAGAAAUCGACCAUUUUUAGUGAAACCGGUUUCAACUACACCCGUACCUGUAACCGUGAAUGUGGCUGUGAAUCUGCCAAGCUCUUCCCAGUUUGCGACGCCUCAGGGCAUCCCUUUUACUCACCUUGUCAUGCCGGUUGUCGACAUGUUACAGUGGUAGACGUGGAUUCACAUUUGCUAGUGAGUAAACAUUAUGUUUUUCAAAUAAUUCUGUGCCCAUAAUCUCGAAAAUUUGUUUUGGUACGGGGCAUAGAAUUAUUUGAACAGGUUAAUAUACUAUAAUUUUACUUCUUAUAUGAUAAUACCAGAUUCAAAUCCUAUACACUGCUUACUGUACCUACUUUUCGGUAACUAUAUUAUUAUAACUAUUAUGUUCAGGAAUUCAGUGAAUGUGAUUGUGCACCGGGAGGUAUCGUGAAGAAGAGUUACUGUAGAGAUGACUGUCGAAACAUGAAGUACAUCUUCUUUGCUACAGUAGUCAUAGGAGCCUUCUGCGCGGGUACUACUGUAGUUCCGGGAAUGUUAAUUCUACUACGGUAAGAAAAUACUUGUACCAGAAUAACCGCAGGAUACUGUAUUACUUGAAUGUACCUUUCAAAAUAAAUUAUAGUAAGAUACAGUAGAUUACCAUGCACAUAUUACUUUCAGAUCAGUACCGCCAGAGAUGAGAUCAGUCUCCCUAGGCCUCCAAGGCUUCUUAGUGUCGUUCUUCGGAACGUUACCAUCUCCUCUACUGUGGGGCGCAGUCAUCGACUCCACGUGCUUAAUAUGGGACCAGGUGUGUGGAGAACGAGGAGCAUGUAUAAUAUACGACCCCGACCAGCUUCGUACUCGAAUGCACUUCCUCUACUGUUCCAUUCGGAUGUUCUCCAUCUUGAUCGACUUCUACGUGCUGUACCACGCCAAGGGUCUGAAUCUGAUGGACGAAAGUAAAAAGUCGAACAGUACGGAGGUGGACGCUGCCUCGGAGAUCGCCAUGAAAGAGAACAUAGCCAUGGACGCGAUGGCUGAGUAG